GACGGGAGAUCGCAGGAGUGGGAAGAAGUGUUGGCGGCGAGGGGUGCGCGUUUUGUAUAAAUACAUAAACUCCUGGGCUUGAGGAGGUUCUCGGCGCCUUGCAGUCUCCACCGGUUCGUGGGAAGGAGAAAAGAACGCUUGCAUCUCUAGGCACGGACCUUAAGGGCCAGUUCAGGUUUUAGUGCCUCCUGACCCUCUCCUGAGCUCACUUCAAGGACCCUUUAGAUCUGAGGCUAGCAAGGCACCCCGGGUGACCCAGUGCCCCACAGGCGACCAUGAGCCCAGCAUGCGAGGUCACCUUCUCCUCUAACCAGCCCCGCCCCUUGAACACGGCGCUGGACGCGGACCACUGAGAGAGAGUAGGGAGGAAAGAGAAGAAACUCGAGAAUAAACACGAUCCUUGGCAGGGCAGCAAACCGCGAGGACGUCAGGCUGCACCGAGGGCAGAGCGGAGCGCCCGUCACUGAGCGCUUUCCUUCCCCGAGAGAUCCGCGCGCAUGGACUUUGCCUGUUGGGGGAGCUUUGGGAAGAGUCCCGCGGGCGGGCGCCGGGCGGAGGUGCUGCUGGGUCCGUGCUCCCCCGCCCCCGCCCUUGCACGUGACUCCCUUAGGCCAGUCAGCGCAGGCGAUCGCUACGCGGGGGCCCGGGGAACCGCGCCGGGAGCAAGGGACAAGCCGGAGGCCCGCAGAGUGGCCGCCCGAGGCUCCGCCGCCGCUGUAGCUCUGCGGACUCACGGAGAUCGCGCCGGCUCUCUGGGAAACUGGAGCUGGCCAGGACUGCCGCUUCGCUUCGAAGGGACCGGGCCUUCUUUGUCCUUCUUCGCUGGAGCCGCUCUGGAGCUAGCAGCUGCGCCUGGGUGUGUAGCAGGCAGAAAGCAAGGACUAGGCUUCGCUAGCCGGUGGGUGAUCUGAAGGCCUGCUCAGGGUGUUCGAGCCCAGCCUCGACUGCGUCUGGGCACCUCCAGCCUCUGGGCCCUGGAGUAGAGUCCGCCCUCCCGCACAGUUUCUGGAGCAACCACAAAUCCAAUUUAGGAUUUUCUUUUUCCUGAGCAAACCAGAGGCUAGAGAUUGCUGCUCUGAUGCUGGAUUUAAUUCGUAUAUAUUUUAAGCGAGUUGGGCCUCUCCUCGUUUAUUGAUCUCCGUCUUUUUGGUUUUUUGUUUUUGGAUUUUUGUUUUGUUUUGUGUGACAGUUCCGCACACCCGCAUUCUAGUUCUUGUCGCUUUGGUCUGCCUCGAGCCCGCGUGGGCUCCUUGACUUGCAAGUAGAGAGAGCACACCGAAGCUCAGAGCUUGGGGCGAUGUACCAAAGCCUGGCCAUGGCCGCCAACCACGGCCCCCCGCCCGGCGCCUACGAAGCAGGUGGCCCUGGCGCCUUCAUGCACAGUGCGGGCGCCGCGUCCUCGCCCGUCUACGUGCCCACUCCGCGGGUGCCGUCCUCUGUGCUGGGCCUGUCCUACCUGCAGGGAGGUGGCAGUGCGGCUGCAGCUGGAGCCACCUCGGGUGGCAGCUCCGGGGCCGGCCCGUCGGGUGCGGGGCCUGGGACCCAGCAGGGUAGCCCCGGCUGGAGCCAGGCUGGAGCCGAGGGAGCCGCCUACACCCCGCCGCCCGUGUCCCCGCGAUUCUCAUUCCCGGGGACUACUGGGUCCCUGGCGGCCGCUGCCGCCGCUGCCGCAGCCCGGGAAGCUGCAGCCUACAGCAGUGGCGGCGGGGCGGCGGGCGCUGGCCUGGCCGGCCGAGAGCAGUACGGGCGUCCGGGCUUCGCCGGCUCCUACUCCAGCCCCUACCCUGCCUACAUGGCCGACGUGGGAGCAUCCUGGGCCGCGGCCGCCGCUGCCUCUGCUGGCCCCUUCGACAGCCCAGUCCUGCACAGCCUGCCCGGACGGGCCAACCCUGGAAGACACCCCAAUCUCGUAGAUAUGUUUGAUGACUUCUCAGAAGGCAGAGAGUGUGUCAAUUGCGGGGCCAUGUCCACCCCACUCUGGAGGCGAGAUGGGACAGGACACUACCUGUGCAAUGCCUGUGGCCUCUAUCACAAGAUGAAUGGUAUCAACCGGCCCCUCAUUAAGCCUCAGCGCCGCCUGUCCGCUUCCCGCCGGGUAGGCCUCUCCUGUGCCAACUGCCAGACUACCACCACCACGCUGUGGCGUCGUAAUGCCGAGGGUGAGCCUGUGUGUAAUGCCUGCGGUCUCUACAUGAAACUCCAUGGGGUUCCCAGGCCUCUUGCAAUGCGGAAGGAGGGGAUUCAAACCAGAAAACGGAAGCCCAAAAACCUGAAUAAAUCUAAGACACCAGCAGGUCCUGCUGGUGAGACCGUCCCUCCCUCCAGCGGUGCCUCCAGCGGUAACUCCAGCAAUGCCACUAGCAGCAACAGCAGCAGUGAAGAGAUGCGCCCCAUCAAGACAGAGCCCGGCCUGUCAUCUCAUUAUGGGCACAGCAGCUCCAUGUCCCAGACAUUCAGUAAUGUGUCCGGCCAUGGGCCCUCCAUCCAUCCAGUGCUGUCGGCUCUGAAGCUCUCCCCACAAGGCUAUGCAUCUCCUGUCACUCAGACAUCGCAGGCCAGCUCCAAGCAGGACUCUUGGAACAGCCUGGUUCUGGCUGACAGUCACGGGGACAUAAUCACCGCGUAAUCAGUGCCCCCCUUCCCUCUUCAAAUUCCUGCUCGGACUUGGGACCUUGGGGGCCGGCAAAGUAAAAGGCUGGGGCACCCUUGGCCAGCUCCUUUGUCUGGGAACAACUCCUGAAGAACAACUGGGUAGAACUUGAAGUUGUUGACAGUCAUUUAGGGAUAUGGGUGCCGGGUUGCUUCAAACACCUUUCCAGGUGGAGUACUGGAAAAGCCUGCGCUCUUACAGAGAAGCCCCCGCCUUGGCUGCAAGCGCAGCACAGUGAGGCUCUUCAGUGUACCAAGAGACUUCUUCCUCAUUCUCCACCUGCCUGUCCAGGACAGACACAUAAUCUCCUUCACCCCAGCUCCCCACCCCAGCAGUUGUGGUGGUGGGUUUUUCUUUGUGAUCCUAGAGUGGCUGUAGGGGCAGAGGCUUCAAGACACCAUCUACAGCCUGAGCAGGGUGUCUACUUGUUGUGGACUAGACAUAGCAGCCCUGCCCUCGUCCAACACUCCCCUUGCUUGAGGCAUGGCACAUCUCUGUAUGUCCCAUACCAGAUCUAACUCCAAAGUGCUGGGUUCAAUGCAGAUGUUACUGAGUGCUUCCUAGGGAGACUAUGAGGGGAAGGCACAUCACCUAUCACACAGAAUAGCUUCAUCAAAUCGCAGCCUGGCCGUGGUGCCUUCCCUUCCUCUCCCAGGAACAUCAAACCCCUUGCUCUCCAGCCUGAACAUCUCCUACCCUCUGCAAAACUAGAGCCCAGUUGUACAGCUAAUGCCACUAGGCGCUAUUUCCCAGCAUCCUCUUCACCCCUUCACACACAGGGGUUCCUAAGGAGGAACAAAACCUGCUACCAAAGCAGCCUCCGGUGACUAGGCUCAUCUGCACCUCGGGGGCCCUCUGGAGGUUGUGUCUACAGCACAAUACUGUUCCCAGGACUCUAGCUUGCUUGCCCUGAGCCUGACAAGCCAAGCUCUCUCUUAAGUCAGACAGUUUCCCGGCUCUGAGACUUUCUCCAGCACAGAUCCUUGGUCUAGAAAAUACAGACUGUUUGCAAAAUAAAUUCAAAGCAGAAACAACUAAAGGAAACUUGUGAAAGGACAAAGGUGAUGGACAGGAGGAGAUGUCCCCAGGACUGGCGGGACAGCCAUGAUAGCAGCUGUCCUAGGAUUGGCCUCAUCUCCCACCAUUACUGGGGCUCCCAAAGAUUCUUCCUUGUCCUCAUCACCCACAGAGCUGUAGCCAACUGUGGCAUUACCUUAUUUUACCCCAAAUUCCCAGCCCUACCCCUAAACCUUACUGGCCGUAGCAGAGAAUAGCUUCGAACCAAGAAUCUGUUGUAAUCAUUUUCGUUGUUUCUCCCUCAAGGCCACCUUCCCCAUGCCUGCCUUCCUCCACAACCCGUUAACAUUGUCUUAAGGUGAAAUGGCUGUAAAAUCAGUAUUUAACUAAUAAAUUUAUCUGUAUUCCUCUUUCCCUCCGAAGUCUUUUCUAGCAGGCCUGGUGUUCUUGCCCUUUUUUAGUGGUGCAGGCCGCCUCUACCCAGUUCCCCCUCAUGGUUUUGGCUCCUGGGAACUAGUGGCAGAGGCUGGUGAGAGGUGGCACUGGAAGAUCUUAGGACAGGGUUCAGCUUCCUGGAGAGGACGGCAACUGCCUUAGCUGAAGCUCCUCUGUCCCCACCUUCUCACAUAGAAGUCACCCUGUGAUUGGGGACAGUUUUAGAGCAUCUGCCCGAGUGCUUUUGGCUCCAUUUAGCUAGAUGGUCCUCAGUUUCUCCUGUCUACUGAUUUAGAACACAUCCGGAACGGUGGCCCCCAAGAGAUAAAUACUCCAGUGAGACAAAGACACAGCUUUGUCCCCUUUACUAUUUUAUCUAUUUUUUUAUCUAAUACCUUAUCUAUUUUGGCUUCACCUCA